AUGGCCCAGAAGCCUGAUUUCUACUGGACGUCGAAGCAACGUGGUAUGGUGGACAGUUCUUUCUUUUACGGUUACAUGAUAACUCAAAUUCCCGGCGGAGUGAUUGCAUCAAAGUUCCCCGCAAACAAACUUUUCGGUAUUGCCGUUGGUGGCAGUGCUCUGGUGAAUCUUUUCGUGCCAGCCUUCUGCAGAAUGCACUACGGAGCCGUCAUAUUCCUGCGCAUCGUACAGGGUCUCGUAGAGGGUGUUUCCUAUCCUGCUUGUCACGGAAUAUGGCGAUACUGGGCUCCGCCGAUUGAACGCUCCCGUCUGGCGACGAUCGCCUUCUGUGGUUCCUACGCCGGCGCUGUUAUAAGCUUGUUCAUGUCGGGGAUUCUAACAGAAAAGUUCGGCUGGCAUUUUCCAUUCUACCUCUACGGCGUCGUUGGAUUAAUUUGGCUGUGCUUCUGGUGGCGCACGUCCUACGAGAAGCCCGCCACCCACCCCAAGAUCACGCCGGAGGAGAGGGAGUACAUUGAGAUGUCCAUCGGGGAGCAAAGCAUCCCCUGGAAGGCAAUUUUCACCUCGAUGCCAGUCUACGCCAUCAUCAUUGCGAACAUUGCUAGAAGUUGGUCCUUCUUCCUUCUCAUAAUGAUGUCACCGACGUAUCUGAAGGACUGCUUUAACUACACCACGGCUGAGUCCGGCAUUCUCUCCUCCUUGCCGCAUCUGUUUAUGGCAAUCAUUGUGCCCAUCAGCGGUCAGCUGGCGGAUAGACUGCGCAAAAAGACCCUUACCACCACUGCUGUCCGAAAAAUUUUCAAUUGUGGAGGCUUCGGCAUGGAAGCAAUUCUCCUACUGGUGGUUGGCUAUGCAGACAAUGCACACACCGCGAUGAUCGCCCUCAUUUUCGCCGUAUCCUUUAGUGGAUUCGCCAUUUCAGGCUACAAUGUGAACCAUCUGGAUAUCGCUCCGCGGUACGCGAGCAUCCUGAUGGGUCUCUCAAACGGGAUCGGCACCAUUUCCGGCUUAAUCUGUCCUCUUACUGCAGAACUUAUUACAGAAAAACCGACCAAGAAGGCCUGGUCCUAUGUGUUCCUCAUUGCCAGCUGUGUCCACUUCUUCGGUGUCACCUUUUACGCGAUCUUCGCGUCCGGGGAGAAGCAGAAAUGGGCCGAGGUGGAGGGCGAAACGCCUAAGCUUUGGAAUGCUCCCAGUGAUGUGCCAGACGACAUUAUCAAGCCGGGAUACGGAUAUGGAGGAGAUGAUGCGACCGGUUUGGUAACAGCGCCCAGCGGCAAUACUCGUGACGGUUACAACGUGGGCUACAAUCAGAGGACGUCGGCAGCAACGGCAGUGGUGGCCUACCAAACGGAGACGUAUCGCGCGACGAAUCGUUCACUCAACGAAGACGAUCCCUACCACCAACAGUACUAG